AUGUUCCGUCAUCAACAAUCAGCCAAACCAUGUCCAAAUAUUUGUUCGCCUGUACAAAAAAUACAUUCAACGCCAAUGCGUCUUUGGAUUUCAAACAUUCCAUAUUAUUGGUCAACCAUUGAACUUGAAAAUAUAUUUUCAACAUUUGGUCAAGUCUAUGAUGUUGAAAUACCAUUAAAAAAUGGCCAAUCAAGAGGCUACGGAUUUGUAACAUUUGAAAAACAAGCUGAUGCAAUACGAGCUAUUCAAGCUAUGGAUGGACAAACAAUUAAUGGUCGUAGUAUGCAAGUAUAUCAAGCACAUGUAAAACAAAAAUCUUUAUUGAAAUCUUAUUUUGUGAUUCAAUCACUCGAUCGGCCGUUAUUUGGUGGAUGCUAUUGCUGUAAAUCGAACAAAAUAAAUCGUAUGAAUUAUGGUCAAGCACAUCAAUGUCAAUGA